CCCGCGUGCGGGGCGGGCUCCCCGCGCUGCCGGAGAGGAGUUCGGAGAGGAGGCGAACCCGGGCCCGGGGGCUCUUGGAGCCUGAGGACGCUGCCCCCUUUGUCCGCGCUAAGUCGGGGAGUAUCCGCGCCCCACCUAGCGGGUUCGGGGGGGUCUCAUUUCUGAUAGACACGUGACCGCACCCACCAGCGCUGACACGAAAUCACCGCGGUCGAGGGGGCCAUGGCGCGAGAGCGAGCUCCCCCCCCCCCCCCCCCCCCCCCUUGGGAGCCGCCCGUGCGGGGCCCGGUGGCGGCCCGCGGCAAGGGAGCCUUUUGCGGCCGCUGCCAGUGCAGCAUCGGUUCUGGAGCGAGGUGGCGGGUUUCUGCUGCUCUCUGUAGUACAGCAAAGAACGAGACUCCGGCCUCAAAAGGGAUCGUGGCACCGGCGGGCUCUUUCUGUAGAGUAAAAAGUCACGAGUCACGCUGCCCCUUUAGUCUUCUGCGAUAGACUCGUAGAAACGUGGGGUUGGACGGGACCCCUAGAGGUCAUCUGGUCAAGCCCCCUAUGUUGAAGCUGAGCCGUGUAUACCUAGGUCAUUGCUGACAAGUGGUUUUCUAACCUGUUCUUAAAAACUCCAGAGGGAUUCUACAGCCUCCCGUGGGCCUUAAAAUGGGGAACACAAGCAGCGAGCGAGCUGGUAUGGAGCGUCAUGGGGGCCAUAAGACGCCCCGAAGAGACAAUUCUGGUGGAGCCAUUAGUACAAAAGAAGGUGGUAGACCAAAAAUCUUGAUGGAUAGUCCUGAAGAUGCAGACUUAUUCCAUUCUGAGGAAAUAAAGGCUCCACAAGAGAGAGAGGAAUUUCUAGCUUGGCAGCAAGAUCUGGAAGUGAGUGAAAAAGCCCCUGUUCAAGAUCGGCCAACAGUCUUUCGCUGGACUGGGGGAGGGAAAGAGGUUUAUCUAUCGGGUUCCUUCAACAACUGGAGUAAACUUCCUCUUACAAGAAGCCACAAUAACUUUGUAGCAAUCCUGGAUCUGCCAGAAGGAGAGCACCAGUACAAGUUCUACGUGGAUGGUCAGUGGACGCAUGAUCCUUCGGAGCCAGUAGUAACCAGUCAGCUUGGUACGGUUAACAACAUCAUUCAGGUGAAGAAAACUGACUUUGAAGUAUUUGAUGCUUUAAUGGUGGACUCCCAAAAAUGCUCAGAUAUGUCUGAGCUAUCAAGUUCACCCCCAGGACCCUACCAUCAGGAUCCCUAUGUUUGUAAGCCAGAGGAACGUUUCAAGACUCCACCUAUUCUUCCACCACACCUGCUGCAGGUGAUCCUGAAUAAGGACACUGGCAUUUCUUGUGAUCCAGCUCUACUUCCUGAGCCCAAUCACGUCAUGCUGAACCACCUCUAUGCGCUUUCUAUCAAGGAUGGAGUGAUGGUGCUCAGUGCCACUCAUCGUUACAAGAAAAAAUAUGUGACUACAUUGCUGUACAAGCCAAUAUGAUUAGUCCUGCAGUUAGUGAGCAGGUAUCCUGGGGUGAUGAAGUGCCAGAGGGAACAAAUUCUUCGUUAAACCAAAACAUAUGCAUGGCCUAUGCUAUUGUAAACAGACUCUGAUUUCAUAUGGUUUUAAAGACUUCACGUUUGUUUCAUAUUUGCCUUGUUCUCCCAGUGCCAUCUGGAAGUUUUCAGACUCAGCCAGGACCAAAGAGAUGACUGGUGGUGCUGCCAUUUUUUCAGCUCAAUAACAAUCGCCUGGGAUCUACCAGUGAAAUCAGGGUGGGAAAUGUGGGGAUAGUGACCGCUCAAAUAUUGUUCAUGAGUGAUACAGGCUGUGGAAAAUAAUAUUCUAAGAAGUGCAGGAUCCUUGCUGACUGAGUGGCUGUUUUUAUCAUAAAGCUCAAACAUUCAACUAUAUUACCACCAAGCUCCCCAAGAGCCCAUUCCCUGGCUCGACUGACUACAUGUGACAAAUGGCAUUCUUUCUGUUCGCAGCUUUUUUGGGCAAAGCCAGAGAUGCUGCCGCCACCGCACUCGCUAUUUCUUUGUUUGUUUGUUUAAUCAGUAGACGGGGGUUGAGUAUGUUUUCCAAUGUGAGUGACGCUCUAGCAUUGUUUCUCUUGGGAGAACUCCGAAAUAACUUUUCCCCAGUGGAAUUGCUGAUAAAGAAAAUUGUUCUUAAUUGCAGGGUUUUGUGUAGCCCAUGUAAUGCACCCUGCGAUAAUCUGUUCCUGUAAAAGACUUGUAGCUCUCUUGCCAGUAAGGACUGAUUUAAACUGAGCUGGGUUCCUAUAAGGAAAUUGACCAAUUUAGCAUAAGAACUUUAAUUCUUCAGUAUCAGCUUUUAUCAAGUUGAUGGUAAGGUGAUUCCAACUUACUUUAAAAACUCGAUAGUAAUUGAGAUAUUGAGGGGAAAAGCUCAUCUGCUACCAUAAGCAGCUGCAGCCCCUGGGAAGUAGCACUGCACCCACUUAUGUCAAGGGCUGGAUUGGCCCUGAAUCUAUAUUUGCAUUUGACUCUGCCAACUUAGGCUCAUGUGGUCUCUGCAGCAAGGACUCCCAACCAUUUCUAUCCCUUCGUGCUUUAUUUAUAUUUUGUAAAUGAACGUAGUUCUUACAAAAAGUGCCAGGAUGCCUUUCUUAGAGACUGAUGAUUUAUUUGAUCCCAAAACGAAUGCAGUAGGAGCAACACAAAAUUCCCUGCCACUGUGCCUCAGGCCUGACCUGCAGAGACCAACUUGGGGAAUGUGUAGUGCCCGUCCGUUCCUGGGCAUCUCUGAGUGCCAGUAAGAGUGCUGAGAGUGACCUCAGUCCGUGACCUACUAUACAGGGGUGCAUAUUACAAAAACCACCAGGUAGCUGAUCAGAUGGUGACUUAGAUCAUUGGUGACCAUGAUUAGAUGUGAUAUAGUCAAUGAUAAGGCUCAUUUCCAGUCUUCUGAACUGUUCAAUUGUCUUGUUACAAUAUUUUGAGUAGUUCAGGGCACAUUGCUAUUGGGUUUUCUUUGAAAACACUAGAACUCAGUGUUUUGAAAACAUGGAAUUCCUGUCACUGUCUGACCUCUUCAGAAACAAGUUAAAAUAUAAAGCAUUUUAAGGAAAAAUGGAUAAUACGUUUGUUUCCUGUCAGCCCCACUGACCAAGACAUUACUGGGUUGGCUGGCUGCAUAAUGCUUGGCUAAUUAUGCAGUUUCUCUCCCUGGUUAAAUUGGUAGCUACUUUACUUUUAUAAAACCGAGUUUGGACGCACAUCCUCUCAUCACACAUUGGUAGAGAACAAUGCAUUUUAAGAUUGGUGGAGGGGGAGUAAACCAAGCUGUUAAUGAGCUUUGGCCAUUGGCAAACCCAAGGAUUUCAUUUCUGGAAAACUGACUGCUCUCUACCCCCGUUUUUGUUUUGUUUUUUGUUUAAGGCUGUCACAUUUCAAGCAGCUUGAGCAAUCUCCAUUUGUUGGCCUCCGUGAUGCUGGGUAUACUUGACUGCUCGGAAAGGUCGGUUUUAAGUUUGUUACGGUUAAUAACAACUGUGAGAAUGUCUGAGAGAUGAUUAUACCUGGCACAGCGCACCCUGUAAUGUUUGUGAACAUGGGCCAACAGGAAGUCUAGGCAUGGGGAGGGCUCUGAACAGCGAGAAGAAAGCAUUAAGUGCAGCAGAAUUCGGUAUUACCAGUUCCAGCCGUGCAGAUUAGCUUAGCUGGAAUCCCAGCCACAGUGGUGCCUCAAAGUAUAUCCAUUGCUUUCGCCUCGUGUGCCCACACCAGGGCAGUGAAAGGCUGUCUCAAAAGUAAGAAAAUUCCCACACCAAAAACUUGAUGCUCACGGUCAUGUGGUAAAGACAGCAUAAAGUUACAUUACAACGCAGUCCCACUUUGUUUUUUAAAAAAAAAAAAGAGUACUUUGUCAUUUGAAACACCUAAAUCUCUUAGUGUGGAAAUACUAAAUUAUUAGGGCUGUCGAUUAAUCGCGAUUAACUCAAAAAAAAAAAAUUAUGAUUAAUUUUUUUAAUUGCGCUGUUUAACAAUAGAAUACCAAUUGAAAUUUAUUAAAUAUUUUGGAUCUUUUUCUACAUUUUCAGAUACAUUGAUUUUCAGUUCCAACACAGAUUACAGAGUGUACACUGCUCACUUUAUAUUAUUUUUAUUACAAAUAUUUGCACUGUAAAAAUAAGAGUAUUUUCCAGUUCACCUCGUACAAGUACCUAUCGUGAAAGCGCAACUUACAAAUGUAGAUUUUUUUUGUUACAUAACUGCACUCAAAAACAAAACAUUUACGGGAGAUAAUGAUGCCUGCUUCUUAUUUACAGUUUCACCUGAAAGUGAGAACAGAGCACUUUUGUAGCCGGCAUUGCAAGGUAUUUACAUGCCAGAUACGCUAAACAUGCAUAUGCCCCUUCAUCCUUCUGCCACCAUUCCAGAGGACAUGCUUCCAUGCUGUUAAAAAAAAAAAAAAAAAAAGUGUUAAUUAAAUUUGUGACUGAACUUCCUGGGGGAGAAUUGUAUGUCUCCUGCCCCACAUUCUGCCAUAUAUUUCAUGUUAUAGCAGUCUCAGAUGAUGACCCAGCACGUUGUUCAUUUUAAGAACACUUUCACUGCAGGUUUGUCAGAAUGCAAAGAGGGUACCAAUGUGAGAUAUCUAAAGAUAGCUACAGCACUCGAUAGAAGAUUUAAGAAUCCGAAAUGCCUUCCAAAAUCUGAGAGGGAUGAGGUGCGGAGCGUGCUUUCAGAAGUCUUAGAAGAGCAACACUCUGAUGCGGAAACCUCAGAACCCAAACCACCAAAAAAGAAAAUCAGCCUUCUGCUGGUGACAUCUGACUGAGAUGAUGAAAACGAAUAUGCGUUGGUCUGCUUGGUGAGCUUGAUAGAGUUGGUCUGCUUUGAAUCGUUAUUGAGCAGAACCCCUCAUCAGCAUGGAUGCAUGUCCUCUGGAAUAGUGGUUGAAGCGUGAAGUGGCAUGUGAAUCUUUAGCACAUCUGGCACAUAAAUAUCUUGCGACGCCAGAUCCAACGCUGCCAGGUGAACACCUGUUCUCACUUUCAGGUGACAUUGUAAACAAAAAGCAAGGGCAGCAUUAUCUUCCACAAAUGUAAACAAACUCGUUUGUCUGAGCAAUUGGCUGAACAAGAAGUAGGACUGAGUGGACUUGUAGGCUUUAAAGUUUUAUAUUGUUUUGGUUUUUUUGCAGGUUUUUUUUACAUACUUCUACAGUUGUAAAUUCAACUUUCAUGAUAGAGAUUGCACUACCGUACUUGAAAUGGGGGAAUUGAAAAAUACUGUUUCUUUUGUUUUUUACAGGGCAAAUAUUUGUAAUCCAAAAAUAAAGCGAGGACUGUACACGUUGUAACAGAAAUCAAUAUAUUUAUAUAAAUGGUAUUAAUUAUUGUUUAACAUCAUGACUAAUGCAAUUAAUUUUUAAUUGCACAGUUAAUUGCGAUUAAUUUUUUAAUCGCUUGACAGCCCUAACACUUGGCCACCAUUUCCCAUGUUACUGUUGGCUAUAAACCACUGAGUCUCACUGUUACACAGAACCCUCUAGUUAUUUAUUGAAAUGAUCACCAGAGACAUCAGCAUGGCCUGGUGUAGUAGUUUGCCAAGGUGUACUGCAGAGUAAAAAAGCUAUAUACUAAUCAUAAAUAUUAGCUAAUAGAGUAUACUGACAUUGAAGCCACUGACGGUCACUUACGUGCACUAUUUAAAGUUUGGCAAUAGAUAACAAAUGUAAUUUCAAAAUAAUGUGAGAGUAAUGAUCUGGAUUAGGACAUUUGUACUCAGCGCACUAGCCACCUAGCAUACUAAUUGACACUAGGAUGUGGAAGGGGAUGGAAUAUUUAGUGGGAGAUCCAAUCAGAGUUGGUUUUAAAGCAAACCUGUAAUAGCAGAUUUCAAGAAGUGAUUAUUCUCCAAUAGUGUUUGUGCAAGCAGUGAAAUUGAUACCUAGAUGCAUGUUUUGAAUAAAUAAGGGUUAAUUCGUACGAGAAUAAAAAGGAAUCCUUGAAGUGACCCAACAGAAAAAUAAAUUGUUCAUGAGUGAAAGGUUCAGGGAAUGGGACAGGAAGGAAGAGCUGUGCUCAAAUAAGUCAUUAGCUUAAGCUAAGCUUCAUGUAUUUUCCAAUUAUGUCCACACCCGGAUCACUUCUUUCAAAACUUUCCAGCAGCAUUGCAGAGGAAGAUGAGCACAAAUAUUUGUUGAAGAUGGAGGCUGUCAGCCAACCAUUUAUAAAUAACAGGCGGCUGCAGCCUUCUUUAUAUUGCAUCACAGGCUGGCCCACCAUGGGGCUGCAGGCUCCAGAAAAUCGGCACACCUGGAGAGCUGGUGCAGCGUAAGCCUUUUCCCCACAGAGAUUGCCAAAUAGAAGAAGCCUCGUGCUGUGUUUUGAACUCACUCUGUUCAGAGAGUUAAAGCUCAUCGUUGUUUGAGGCCCUGCAGGGCAGCGCUCACACUGCUGGGGAAGACAGGGAAAUGUUUGAGCCCGUUGUGCCAAUGGCUGUUACAUAUUCUGCCUUUGGAGGACGACUGAACAUGAAAGUGCCCCUGGCAGCAAUGGAAGAAUGUGACAGUGGCUCCCAGAGUCUGUCCUGCACCCCCAAAGCUUCAGUGCAUAAAGUCUCUGCCUUAUUUCCCCUGGCAUCCAGUAGAACCCCUGCAUGACAAGCUGCACGCCCAAACACAAAGGUUAAUCUGCCUUUGAAUGGCUCCUGCAAAUUUCUGGCACAUGGUCAACAUUUAGUCAUGGGUAGGUCAUGGGCAAUAAACAAAAAUUCAUGGCCCUUGACCUGGCCAUGACUUAAAUACCCACAAUGACUAAAUCUCUGUUCUCCACUGCUCUGGCGCUCCCGGUGUUGCUGUUCCAGCCACACUGGCUACUUGGGGGCUGCCUGGGGCUGCCCAAGCCGUGGCUGGUGCAGCUAGCCACAGGGCACCCAAGCAGCUGUGGGAGUUAUGGAGGUUGCAGAAUGUCACAGAAACCACAACCUCUAACAAACAGAAUCGCAGCCUUAGUUAGAGUGGCUCGCUGUGCUUUGAGGGAGCUCAGAAAGGAGGGAAUCUGGACCACGGCUGAGGCCACACUGGGCAUUAAACAAACAUGCAGUUCCUGGGUGACCAUGUUUUUAGGUGCUUGCUUUUAAGACGGGUGGCCAUACAUCCAUGUCAAAAACAAAGCCAGCCAGGCUCAAGAGCUGGCUGAAAUUUUUGCAGCAGACCCAUUUUAUGAUAGGGCCUCACCUCAAAACCCAUAAAUCUGUUGAGUGUAGUUGUUUGCCAGUGGUUUGUCACACUUUUUGGCUGGGGAGGGGUUACAUAGCUAACUUUGGGAUCUUGAAAAAAAUUGGUCCCCUGUUGAACAUUUCUUUUGCCAAACAGCGGUGUGCGUGUGUGGUAAAUCUGGUGGUUUUAGUUCAAGCAGGCAAAGAUUCGGUCGUAACACAGCUCAAAGGAGUGCUCUCUCUUACAGGCAGCCGGCCUGUGUAAUCGCUGUUAAACUAGUGUCACAAAGUGCCUUCUUGCACCUGCAUUGAGUCAUAUGCCGCACACAGGGCCAGCCCUUUGUGUUUAAUUGAAUAGCAGCCUCAGCGUCCAGCCAUGCCUAGGAAUUAAAUAGACACUCAGCCCUCGUCUUUAUAUGUGGGCCUAAGUGUAGCAUAUCCCCAGCUUUACACAUGCAGAAAGAUCCUUUAAUGACUUCUCACCUUUCUCCAACAAAUGAUGGAGAACAGUUAACGGUCAUCACUGUGACUCCACUUUCCUGGGCUGAAGCAGAAUGAAUCGCUGCUCCCACUGCUCUGGGGUCUCCCGCUGGUGCUAAAGGCUAAUCCCCAGUCAGCGUCACACCACACUACACAACGGCAAGAGGGCCGUAGGCCACCUCCAUCUCAGCCGCUCCAGUUUCCUCAGCCGGAGCUGAUAGCAGGUGUCAACCGUAAUACCCAGGGCCAUAUUCCAGUCCCUCUCUUGGGGCAGGGGCUGUUUCUCUGGAACACACGUUCUCUGAACUGAAGCAGUGACAUGCUCGAUUGUCAGUUUUGACCUUUCAUGAAAUAGCAGCAGGCCACAGGGCGACACUUUGUUAAACCGUAGCCAGCGCUAUCGGUUGGAUUCCUGUCAGAAGUGAACAUGAGUCCAAUUCAUUGUAUUGAGCUCACUUUCUAUAACCCAGUGAAUUAAAUCCCUCCACAAGGAAAAUCUGGGUGCAAAGGGGGAUAGCGUAGCUGCUACUGUAUAUGCCCACUUGGAUUUGGUGUGUCUUGGCUGUUGCUAGAAGGCUAGAGUUGGAGAUAGGUGCAGUAUUUCUCCUUCCUGUGAGUAAACCUGAAGAAUUUUGCAGUAGACACAAUGCUUUUUCUCCAGUCAAGGUGACAGUGAGAAUUUGUGCAGUGUUCAUGGUAGUCAAAAGGCUUAAUAAAUAUUUUACUUCACCAGUUUCUGAACUAUUUUAGUUUUGUUACAAUUCUGAUCAUGCACCAUAGGACUGAAACAAUGAGUUUUAAAUAUGUAUUCUUAAAAUAGAAAUAAAGGAACAUUUAACAAGUUAGCAUUUCAUCAGAUACAUCAGAGAGCAGGCACAAUAGAUAAAUCAAGCAGUUUGGCUUUAUGCAGAACAUUUCCAUGGAAAAUGUCGUGUAGACCAAAGUGGAAUAGUAGCUAUUAGUCGUUCUCCCACACGCCCACCAAGAAAACCCUUCCUAGGGAGGGUGGGGGUAUUUAUGUGCACAAAACAAUGACAGAAAUGAAAUAAGUCACCGCAGGCAGCAGAGUGAAUAUUAAAAACUCUUCCUGUGAAAGAAUUCUUCAGACCCGGUAAAAAUUGUUUCGUUAAAAAUAGUUGUAUUUACAUUUAAGUCUGAUUGAGAGAGUUUUCCCACCAGCUGUAAGUUAUUAAGAUGUACAGUAACUUGGCAGAUUGAGUACAAUCUGAAUUAUAUUUGUGUAGGCUUUUAAAAAAUUGCAGCUCUCAGGCAUUACAGCACCAGAAUAUUAAGAUGGUGGGAUGACUAACUCACUGGUCCCCUUCCUAUUAAAACACCGCUGCAGUAGAGGAGCAGCAGCAGCAGCAUGAGACUAUGCUGUUGGCAAUUAAAGGGGUUUAUUCUGAGCUGAAAUUGUGUGUCUGGAUUAUUUGCCAAGGGCCAGAUUCUUCUCCCAGAUAUUCACGUGUAUCUCUACCACCAUCAAUGGGUGUGUAUCUAAGGGCUCACCACUACUAGCUAAAAAUCUGGUCAAAUCCACCUCUGUUUCAGUCCAAGUCAAUAUGCUUUAAUUUUCUGAUAGCACAUAUGCUACUCGUUCAGGGGAAGAUGUCUGCUAAACGGCAGAGUAUUCUGAAGGUGAGCUCUUUGGUAAGCUUACACUCCUAUCAAUUACGUAGCUCCAAAUAUUGGCUGAUCUGUUAGAAUGGCUUAGUGGUACCCUACAUGGAAGGAAAAGGUCAUUUCACCAUGCUAGUUAAUAUAGUUAAUUGUUUUAUUUGGUUAUUGUUCAACAACAAAGUUCAAUAUUUUCCAGGUGGAGCUUGAUCUGUACCUCUGAUUCCCUCCCUUGUCAAUAAUAAAAAGGUAAUGAAGAAAAAUCCUGUACUUUUAGAUACCUAAAACCUCAUUUAUGCUAACAAGCUUUCGAUUGCAAUUUAAUGUUACAAUAUUUCUUCAUGGGAUCUGGGAGGAUUAAGCUGAGGCCCCUCCAAUGUCUGAAGAUGGCUGUCCACAACCACCAUUAAAACAAAAAGCUAGUGUUGAAAAAUGCACAGUUUACAAUAAAAAAGUAGAAACUGA